AUGACUGUUUCGGUUCUGACAGAGUCCGAUGGGAAUCUGGCUACUCGUCGUGUGGUGAAUGGGACUCUGGGACAGUCAGUCACUUUGCCAGGAAAUGUGCCAGGAGAAAGCAUUUCAUUCAUUAUUUGGGAGUACACAAAUUCAUCCAAUCAAAAAAAGUUUCCAUUAUGUGUGAAAUAUAAAGACAGCUCAGCAAUUUGUAACAGAGAGAGGAUCACGUUAAACCCGAAGGACUAUAACCUGGAAAUACAGAACCUAACAGACAGUGACAAAGGUCUGUAUGAAAUAAAUGCAUGGACCGAUACAGAUAUCCAUAAAGAGGUGAUGGAACUGCGAAUUUAUGAAUGUGUAUCAACACCCAUAAUAAUUAGCAACCAAGUUGACUUAGAUGAGGUAUGUAACAUCAGUUUGCACUGUUUACUGGAGCGUGGCUCGGAGCCAGUUUACACUUGGUGGACAGGAGAUGAUGAGGUCAUGGCCGAUGAGUCACACGUACUGACUGACAGAGGGAGAAGACUGGAAUUGUCCUUAAGGCUGAAUGAUAACAACACAGUGUACAACUGCACAGUGAGGAACCCUGUCAGUGAGGCAACUACGAGUGUGGAUCUCAGAAAGAUCUGUCUGGUCACUGAAGAGAGAAUCGGGAACCUUGCCGGAGAUUUCAACAGUCAACUAAAAGCCAAAGUGGUGUCAUUUAUUGCCUUCUCUGUUGCAAUUGAUGAGAGCAUCGACCUGACUGAAGUAGCUCAAUUGGGAAUAUUUAUUCGUGGAGUUGAUGCAUCUUUGACCUUCACCGAGGAGUUUGUGGAGAUGUUGCCCAUGACAAACACCACGACGGCGAACGACGUUUUCUCCAGCCUCGUCGAGGCCUUGGACAGACUGGAGUUUGACUGGAGUCACGUUGGCAGCGUGGCAACAGAUGGCGCACCGUCCAUGGGCGGGAAAUGUCAGGUGUUGUUGCGAAACUCAGAGAGGAAGUUCAGGCAGAGAAUCCAGAGCAGGAAUUCGGGAAUUUUCAUUGUAUUAUACACCAAGAGGCGUGAUGUAGCAGGGGCCUGA